UAAUGCGUAUUACUGUCAAGACAUCCGAGGGGAGGCACACUAUCCAAGCCGAACCGAACCAUACGAUCAAUGAUCUCAAGCAAAAGGUACACCACAGGACAGGCAUUCCACCUGCCGAGCAACGCUUUUUAUUCAAUAACGGGCAGCUGGGAGAUGAUUCGACCUUGCUUUCCGAGAAUCACAUACAGGAUGGGUCUGAACUCAGCCUUGCCCGCAAGCGUCGUCUGGUGGCCUAGUCCAACUCUCCCUAACGCCCUCAGGCGAUUCUCGCGUUGUACGCGAGUGAGAUACUCCUUGCACUCCGCUAGGCGAGCGGCGAGCUUGGGUUGCACAUAUGUGAUGAACAAGUUAGAAAGCACUGUAGAACGUCGGGAUAGGGGCAUAAUGCGUAAUGAAAUUGUAAUGACUGAACA